AAUGCGUUACUGCCGAUAAGUAUUUAGUGGUCGUGGUUUCAUGAACAUGGUUUUGGGUGUGCCUCACAAUUUGACACGAAGAUAUGGACAAGUGGCUGAAUCGAAGAAUUAACUCUUUUUUCGUUGACUCCUUGCAAUCGUGUUCAGUGAUCAAAGUUUGAGACGCCUGUACAAUUGAAAGAUCUCUUCUACAAGUACUCAAAGUUACUAUUAUUCUUUAUUUCACUGGAGUUACCGACUGAAAUUCUGUCGACAAAUAUAUCGAACCUUUUACAGAUGUUGAUCAGGUGUUUCGAAUAAUAUAAUGGAGUGCAAAAGACAAUCUGAACUGGAACUUCUAGCCAAACUUGAGGAAAAAAAUCGAGCUCUUUUUUCAGAUGCUAAAGUCGUUCCAUCUUUACAUACUCGUCGACGAGAAGGUUCUUUAUCAAGUAGCAUUUCCACUGGAUCUGGGCAGGAUGAUACACGAAGCAAUGGAACAUCUUCGCUGCAGCUUAAUGGUCAUGCAACACAUGGGUCGUCGAAAUCGAGUAACACUUCUGGAGUCUCGAUUCCUUUAAUGAUUGGUUGGACUGCUGGAGCACCAAUUAGCAGUUCUAUUCGUGAACAGUGGGACUACGUAAUAAAUAAUUGGGAUCAAUGUUCGAAAAAGAAAUCCUAUGUUUCUGAUCUUAUUAAAAAAGGUGUUCCUGAUGAAUUUCGUCCAUUAAUUUGGCAACUAUACUGUGGAGCUUAUGAUUCAGCUGUUAAAAAACAUUAUCAUAAUUAUUUGUUAGUUAAUUCACCGGUUGAAAAAGCUAUCCGACGUGAUAUUGCACGUACAUUUCCUAAACAUGAUUUAUUUAAAGAUGAAAACGGUUGUGGUCAAGAAAGCUUAUUCCGUGUAAUCAAAGCGUAUUCAAUUCAUGACCCAGAAGUGGGCUAUUGUCAAGGCUCAGCAUUUAUUGUUGGAUUAUUAUUAAUGCAGAUGCCUGAACUUAAUGCAUUCGCUGUACUUGUUCAAUUAAUGAAUGAUUAUCGACUUCGUGAAAUGUAUAAACCAUCUAUGAUGGAACUUGGCGUUUGUAUGUACCAGUUAGAACAAUUAAUUGCUGAUAAUUUACCCGAAUUGUAUACGCAUUUUCGUACACAAUCAUUUGCACCAAGUUUAUAUGCAUCAGCAUGGUUUUUGACAUUGUUCUCUACUAUUCUACCUAUACCAUGUGCUACACGUGUUAUGGAUUUUUAUAUUGUUGAGGGCCUUCAAUUCAUAUUUAAAUUGGCUUUAUCAAUAUUGAAAUUUUCUGCUGACAAUUUGUUAAGAUGUGAUAUGGAGUCAAUGGUUGCAUUCCUUCAACAUGAAGGACCAUUAGCGUGGGAUAAACAUUCGAAUACUAUAUUUGAAAAUGCUUGUUCGCUUAAAUUGAAUACAAAAAAGAUGAAAAAAUUAGCGAAAGAAUACAUGACAAUGCGUAGUCAAGAACGAGAAGAACAAAUUGAAUUACGUCGUCUUCGUACUGAAAAUGGAUUAUUAUUACAACGUUUAGCCCGUUUAGAAGAGGAAAGUGGAGUAAUGGCUGAUCGUUUAGUUAAAUGUCAAUUGAUUCGAGCACAAGAAGCUGAAACUACCAUUGCAUUACGUUGUGAAUUAUCUAUAUUAAGACGUGAAUAUGCUAAUUUAAAUUCUAAUUCUCAUUUAAUAACUAAUGAAUUUUCAUUGAAUAAUAAUACUAAUAAAAGUAUUGAAAAUAAUGAUGAACAACAUAAAUUAUUAUUGAAAUCAACUACAAUCAAUCAUGAUGAUGUACUGCCAACAAAUGAAAAGAUAAUAAAUACCAUUGUUUCUAAUACAAAUACAACAAUCUCUAUGGAUAAGCCAACAAUCACAAAUAUAUCUAACCCAAAUCAAAAUUAUACCAAUAAUGAUACAGUACAUCAAUCACUUGUUAAUGGUUUCUCAUCACCUACUUAUAAUAUUCAAAAUGACUAUACUACUAAUAAUACUAAUACUACUACUAAUAAUAAUACUUGUUCUUCUUCUUUAUUACAUGAACAACAAUUAAAUAAUUCAUAUGAUUUUUGUACAUUACCAAGAUCAAGAAAUCGUGAUUAUCAAAUAAAAGGUGGUAAUCAUUAUAAUGAAAUGAAAAAUGAUGAAUUAUUAUCAACUACUAUGAAUCAAUUACAAACAGAUUUAAUGAAUUCACGUUUCAAUGAAGCGGAUACUAAAAAAAUAUUACAUGAAUUACGAUGUAAAUUACAUGAAUUAGAAGAGUCAAAAUUGGAUCAAUCACUUCGAUCAGCUGAACAAAUUGCUGUAUUAAAAGAUGAAUUAUUUGGUGCAAAACUUCGAGAAACAGAAUUAAUAAAUCAAGUAGAAGAGUUAAAAAGAAGAUUUGAUGAUUUGAAUUCACUUUGGCAGGCACAUAUUGGAAAAUGUAAAGGUGUUAACAAUGAUACAAAACGUUCUUCACUUUGGAUUGGUUCUUUAAACUCACUGGAUUCAAAUGAAACGAAUUUUAAGAUGAAAUUUUCUGACCGACUACUGGAAACACGAUUCAUCAAUCAAAUCAGUAGUUUAAAACAACAGGUAUAAAUUUAUUUUAUGUGUAAUAAUUUUUUAUUCUUCUUCAUACGAGUGAGGGAAAAAUGAACACAAGUGACCAACUAUUCUGUUAUACUUUGGGAUAUUAGAGCACAACUCUACUUUCUAAAGUUGGAAGAUUUGAAAUUGGAAUAUAAACUCCGAAUUUUCUGAAAAAAGGAGGUGUUGUAUGCUGACGUUAAUUAUGAAUAAUAACUUUUGAAGACUAUUUAUGGACCAAUACGAUACAUAUAUAUUUAUUGUGUAAUUGUGAAGUAGUUAAACUAUGCAUAUUCAUAUUACUCUAGACUGCUCGCGUUAUUGGUCCGGUCGAUAAAAUCAGUGUUAUCUAAUUAGCGGUAUAAAUAUGUUAUGUAUUAAUAGGACACAUGGUCAUAAGUUAUAACACGUUCUACCUGCGCAGGUGUAAUAAAUUGGUAACUUAGUUGAUAGAACUUGAUCAGCACUAAGAAGGACCUGGCAAAGAUGACAUUGGUCACUACUCAGUGAUCGAUCAAUUGUAAAUACAUUCAUGUAAUAAAAGAGCUCAACAGUAUUAGUGGUUAUCGUUUUUUGUUCUUUGAGCUGCUUAGUUUAGUCGUGAAGCUUUCAUUAUUCUUCUGAACAACACCAUCAGCAUAAACUUCAGUUAGAAGUGAAAUGUUCGAUUUUCUUCUCAUAUGACGGACUUAUUGUCCUGACGACCUCGAUAUUGAUUGGUUAUUGCUGAUCUUUAACCUAUAAUUGUAUGCAUUUUUAUCUCUUUUUGAUCUCCAUCUUUGUUUCAAUUACCCUUUUUAACGAUGUGCAUAUAAACUUUUAUAUACAUUUAUAUUUAGUCUUCAGUAAUAAGGAUAGGUCUGUCGACCUAUAUUAAUCCUUGCAGUUUGUAAUACUGUGGAGGUCCAAUCUCGUUUUGAAUAUAUUAACAGACGGUGCUGAUAUUACGUGUUCCGGUAGGGAAUUCCAAUAAUUCACUACUCGGUGCGAGAAACGGAACUCCAGACGUAAACGGUUUGAUCUCGGUUUUUGAACUUUGUUCGAAUGUCCUCUCAAAUGAUCGGUUCUAGACGGAAGCAAAAGAUAAGACAUGUUAAUACCAAGGUCAUCGUUCAGUAUACGAUAAGCCAAUAUUAGAUCACCCCGUACUCUACGGUAAGAUAACGGAAAUAAGUUAAGGUGUCUCAGUCUGUCUUCAUAAGAUAGGCCAGCUAGACCUUGUACCAUCUUGGUAGCUCGUCGUUGGACUCUUUCUAGCAUAUCUGCUUCAUAUUUGAAACAAGGACUCGCUGCUUGAAUCCCGUAUUCUAAAUGUGGUCGCACAUAAAUCGGGUAUAGUAAUCCAAACAUUUCAUCGUCUAAAUACUGAAAAGCUCUACGAAUUGACCAUGAUACCCUAUAGCCUUUUGCAGCAGCGGCCUUACAGUGACUAGUCGUUACACACAACCGCUCUAACAUAUGUAUAAUCACUUUUAGGAAUCCGGUGUUCAUCUUGUUGUGUUAAUGAGAUAUGGCAACUUGAACCGAUUCAUAUAUGUGCCUGGUCCUACGUUGUAGCUGACUUACUGACUAAUCUUUAAGUGAAUUAACUUCGAACACAAUAAUGAAUUAAGGAAAUCAAUAAAAAUGUUAGGUUUAAUGUUUGACUUAAUCGCAAAAUACUGAUCAUGUAACUAUUGAUAUGAAGUAGGUACAGUGGAUACGAAUUUUAUUCGUGUUACCGACAGGAACUAUUUAAAUAAUCAAUUUCCUUAUAGAUUUUAGCAUCAUGUUGAUACUAGUUUAGCUUAAGUUUUUUCUUCAUUAAUUACUAUCAAAAAUCAUCCCUACCGCGGAAGAUCGAAUAUGCUUGUCAACAAUUUUACUAAUAUCCUGGCUAUGAGUUCUUUCUUAUACUUUAAAAUCAGUGUAUCUUUCUCUUCCUAAGUAUUUUUAUAUGUUAGAUUUUCUGUCAGUGCUGUAUUUGAAAAGUUGAUAAGUCAGUAAACCCAUUAGAAGUAAACGUUAGCAGGCAACCUAUAUGUUUAAAUUCUGUAGACUAACUGAAACUCCUGCUCUAAAUAACGUUGUUUAUACAUGAAGAUGGAAUCACAGCUUUAUGUUGAAUGUAUAACUCGUACCUAAUAUAAAUCAUAUACGAAUUUCUGAUUUAAAUACUGAACUUUCAGUUAUAUGCUUCCAUGGUAUACUACUCGAUUGCUGAAAUUGAUGUAGACUAGUCGACGAAGUUCGAGUCCGCAAUCUAUUAGUUGAUGAAGCAAUCCCUUUCACCAUUAGCCCAUUAGUCUAUAAAGUUUGUCCAGGUAUAUUUGUUGAACAUAAAUAUUCUUAAAUAUCUAUACUUUUUUAAAUUCUUUCUAAUCAUCAUUUUUAUGAACUAUCUUACAUUUGUCAUUUUAUUGCUGUUUUUACCCAC